CGAGGCCGAGGCCGCCGCCCGCCGGCACCUGCCUCCCCCCGGGGCGGGACUUGGCUCCCGGGGCCGAGAGGCUCCCCCGAGCCGGCGGGGAGCGCGGGGACAGCCCCGCCGCGCCUUUGUGCGGGGCCAGCCCAGCCCACCCCGCGCCGCCGCCGCCGCCGCGCCGGGCUCUGCCCGCCACACGCCCGGGCGGCUCCGGCCGCUCCUCGGGCAGCGCGGCGGGGCUUCCCCUCUCUGCCGGCCGGCCCUGCCUCCCGCUCCGGGCAGCAUGGUGGACCUGGACAGCGAGGUGCCGCCGCUGCCGCCGCGGUACCGCUUUCGGGACUUGCUGCUGGGCGACCAGGGCUGGCAGAGCGACGACAGGGUGCAAGUUGAAUUCUAUAUGAAUGAAAAUACAUUUAAAGAGAGAUUAAAGCUCUUCUUCAUCAAAAACCAAAGAUCAAGUCUGAGAAUACGAUUAUUCAAUUUCUCUCUCAAGCUACUGAGCUGUUUCUUGUACAUAGUUCGUGUGCUCCUGGAUGAUCCUACACAAGGAUUUGGAUGUAAGGAAUUAAACCGGAGUUGUUCCAAUCAAAACUACACACCUGGAACAAUUGAUUGGUCUCCCAUUAUUUGGGUGAAUCGAAGCUUACCUUUGUGGGGAUUACAGGUGUCUGUGGCUGUAAUAAGUCUCUUUGAAACUCUGUUGCUAAGUUAUCUAAGCUACAAGGGAAAUAUCUGGGAACAAAUUCUGAGAAUACCCUUUCUCCUGGAAAUAAUUAAUGCUGUCCCUUUCAUCAUCACGAUUUUCUGGCCAGUCCUAAGAAACCUGUUUAUUCCUGUAUUUUUAAAUUGCUGGCUGGCAAAGCAUGCUUUAGAAAAUAUGAUUAAUGAUCUUCACCGAGCCAUCCAACGCACACAGUCGGCAAUGUUUAACCAAGUGCUCAUUUUAAUAUCUACCUUAUUAUGUCUCAUCUUCACUUGUAUUUGUGGAAUUCAGCAUCUGGAACGAGCAGGAAACAGGUUGACUCUCUUUGACUCCCUUUAUUUCUGCAUAGUGACAUUUUCUACUGUGGGCUUUGGGGAUGUUACACCCAAGAUAUGGCCUUCAAAGCUGCUUGUUGUCAUUAUGAUCUGUGUUGCUCUUGUGGUGUUGCCCAUACAGUUUGAACAGCUGGCAUAUUUGUGGAUGGAGAGGCAAAAGUCGGGAGGAAACUACAGUAGAUACAGAGCUCAGACGGAAAAACACGUUGUGCUGUGUGUGAGCUCUCUGAAAAUUGACUUACUCAUGGAUUUCUUGAAUGAAUUCUAUGCCCACCCCAGACUGCAGGACUAUUAUGUGGUUAUUUUGUGUCCCACGGAGAUGGAUGCUCAGGUCCGAAGGGUGUUACAAAUCCCCAUGUGGUCCCAAAGAGUUAUCUACCUGCAAGGCUCAGCUCUGAAAGAUCAAGACCUGUUGAGAGCUAAGAUGGACAAUGCUGAAGCCUGUUUCAUCCUGAGCAGCCGCUGUGAGGUGGACAGGACAGCAGCUGAUCAUCAAACCAUUUUAAGAGCAUGGGCAGUUAAAGACUUUGCUCCAAAUUGUCCUUUAUAUGUUCAGAUACUGAAGCCUGAGAAUAAAUUCCACAUCAAGUUUGCAGAUCAUGUUGUAUGUGAAGAGGAAUUCAAAUAUGCUAUGCUAGCUCUAAAUUGUAUAUGUCCAGCUACUUCUACAUUAAUCACUCUGCUGGUUCAUACAUCUAGGGGACAUACAGCCCCAUGGGAAGCUUUCAGACAACUCACUGGAACCAAGCAGACAUUAAACAGGGAGAGUCAGCAAUCACCAGAACAAUGGCAGAAAAUGUAUGGCAGAUGCUCUGGAAAUGAAGUGUAUCACAUUAACCUGGAAGAAAGUACAUUUUUUGCAGAGUAUGAGGGGAAGAGCUUCACAUAUGCUUCUUUCCAUGCACAUAAAAAGUUUGGAGUCUGUCUGAUUGGUGUUAGAAAGGAAGAUAACAAAAACAUUUUGCUGAAUCCAGGUCCUCGAUAUAUCAUGAGUUCUACUGAUAUAUGCUUUUACAUAAAUAUCACCAAAGAAGAGAAUUCUGCUUUUAAGAAGCAAGAAAAGCAUAGAAAAAACCAUGAAUCAAAAUUAUCUUAUCAUGGAGCUUCUAGAUUACCAGUACACAGUAUAAUAGCCAGCAUGGGGACCGUGGCCAUCGAUUUGCAGGACACCGGCUGCCGCGGGGCCAGCGGGGCCACCCUGGCCCUGCCUGCCCAGGGGGGCAAGGAGGGCAGGAGGCCCAGCAUAGCCCCAGUGCUGGAGGUGGCAGACUCCUCCUCCCUGCACACCUGUGACCUGCUCAGCGACCAGUCAGAGGAUGAAACCACCCCCUCGGAUGAUGAAGUCUCUGCAGGCUUAGAGUAUGCCAAAGGCUAUCCUCCUUACUCUCCUUAUAUUGGAAGUUCUCCCACCUUUUGUCAUCUUCUGCAUGAAAAAGUACCCUUCUGUUGUCUAAGACUAGAUAAGGGAUGCCAGCAUAACUACCAUGAAGAUGCCAAAGCCUAUGGAUUCAAAAAUAAAUUGAUUAUAGUUGCAGCAGAAACUGCUGGAAAUGGCUUAUAUAACUUUAUUGUCCCACUCAGAGCUUAUUACCGACCAAAGAAAGAGCUAAACCCCAUUGUAUUACUGCUGGAUAACCCGCCAGAUAUGCAUUUUCUGGAUGCAAUCUGUUGGUUUCCAAUGGUUUACUACAUGGUGGGCUCUAUCGACAACCUAGAUGACUUAUUAAGGUGUGGGGUCACCUUUGCAGCUAAUAUGGUGGUGGUGGACAAAGAAAGCACAAUGAGCGCUGAGGAAGACUACAUGGCAGAUGCCAAGACUAUUGUGAAUGUUCAAACCCUCUUCAGAUUGUUCUCCAGCCUAAGCAUUAUCACAGAAUUAACUCACCCAGCCAACAUGAGAUUCAUGCAGUUCAGAGCCAAAGACUGCUAUUCUCUUGCUCUGUCCAAACUGGAAAAGAAAGAGCGGGAGAAGGGAUCUAACCUGGCAUUUAUGUUUCGACUGCCCUUUGCUGCUGGCAGGGUUUUCAGCAUCAGCAUGUUGGACACACUGCUUUAUCAGUCAUUUGUGAAAGAUUAUAUGAUUUCUAUCACAAGACUUCUGCUGGGACUUGACACCACACCAGGAUCUGGGUUUCUUUGUUCUAUGAAAAUCACAGAAGAGGAUCUGUGGAUUAGGACAUAUGCCAGACUGUAUCAGAAGCUUUGUUCCUCUACAGGAGACAUUCCAAUUGGAGUCUACAGGACAGAGUCCCAGAAGCUCACAACAUCCGAGUCACGAGAAAUGGCUUCACAAUCUCAAAUCUCCAUCAGCGUGGAGGAGUGGGAGGACACCAAGGACACCAAGGAGCAGUUCAGCUGCCGCGGGAACCACCGGAACUCGACGUGCAGCGAGCAGCCCGAGCAGCCGCUGCUGCGGAGGAAGAGCAUGCAGUGGGCACGGCGCCUGAGCAGGAGGGCCCCCAGGCACUCUGCCAAAACUGCUGAGAAGAUCAACCAGCAGAGGAUGAACCUCUACAGGAGGUCAGAAAGGCAGGAGCUGGCUGAACUCGUGAAGAACAGGAUGAAGCACCUGGGCCUUUCUCCAGCAGGAUACGAUGAAAUGAAUGAUCAUCAGAACACCCUUUCUUACAUCCUGAUCAACCCUUCUCCAGAUACAAGAUUAGAGCUGAAUGAUAUAGUAUACUUGAUCCGACCUGAUCCAUUGACUUACGUUCCAAAUGCUGGACCCAGCCGAAAGGACAGCUUCUGCAAUACAGUGGGACAGGACACCAGGGAGGAGACACAGCUUUGAUAUGUAACUCACCACAAAAUGCAGAGACAAUUUUAUACACAUGGUGUUUCCACUAACCAUUUUGCAAACGGAGUGGUACAUUUUAUUCAGAUUUUGGAAACAAAAUGACAGUGGAUAAGUGACCAAAUGCAGAAAUGUGGUGCCUAGAAACUCUGAUUUCAGGGAUUGUCAGGUCUGUGGCCUGUUCAGUAUGGUAGUUGAACUUUGUCAGCCUAACAGAAUGAUGACACCCAUUGCUAUUUAACCCAUAAAUGAACAAAUAUCAGAUCCCACCACAUUUUGCUUAGAUGCUCCUAAGCGUAUUUAUGCAGGUGGCAGCAUGUCAGUGACUGAAUUUCUGACUGACAUCAGAUUAUCUGAUGCCCAUAGAGAAACAAUGCCUGAUUUGUAGUAGCAAAUAUGUUAAUACCUGAAACUGCCAACAAGAAUUCUUCUGUGCCAAGAAUUCAGUCUUUGAAAUAAUUUUCAGUCUCAGCCUGUCGCCCACUUUUAUUUGUACAAAUUACUUUCAGUCCCAUUUCAGCCUCCAGGACGUGGAUUUUUGCACAGAUCAGGUUGAAUGACACAACCUGGUCACACUACAGAGGUUGAGACACAUCAAUGAAAGAAGAGCUCAGCUGCAGAAAAGUCCCUCUCAUCUCACUCAGGCAGCCCCCCCACACUGGCAAAAAACUGGGAAGUUUUUGUGAAGCUGCAUACAGUGGUAGCUCAGGUGAAACAAAAGCCUUUGAACCUUGGUGAGCUUGCCUAUAGAAGCCUGACUAGAUUAUAACACAAAAGUGAGAGCAUCCCUCUGCAACAAGCCCUUAACAUUUUCAUGAAUAUGCCAGAACUACAGUUGUCCAAAGCAUUUCAUGCCUAGUCAUCCAGAUUACCCAAAAGUGCUACAUUUUUACAUGAAAUUAGGUAUCUCAUUGAAAAUGAAAGAAAUUCAUGACCCAUUCCACAAAAUUAAUGUAAUUCCACAUAGUAUGAAAAAGCAUUAUGGAUCUAAAACCUCUGCUUCAAAAGCAGCUACAGUUGGUCAAGCUUUCUACAGAAUUAAUCAUUUCUGUCCAUGAUCUUCCAAGAUCACUGUCACAAAAGGGGAAGAACAUACUCAAGAUUUUAAAUUCCCUUCUGUUACAAGUAUCCACAUAGAACUACUCAUAGAAUUACUACAAGUAAUUUUGCAGGUAGUCUAAUAUGGAAAAAAUGAUUAUUCUCUGAACUCCCUUGAUGUCCUACUUAUACAAAAAAAAAGUCAAAACUGUUUAUACUCUCUUCUAUAGUAAUUGGUAGAAGUACAUUCUAUUUCUGAAACAGUAACCACAACCAAGUUUCCCAGUAAGCAACUCCUGGAUGUGAGGGUGUUUAUCAGCAUUUUAAAGAUAUUGAAAUCAAGUCACUUUCAUAUUAGGAAUGACAGAAAAUCUGCUUUUACUUUCUGCCUUCCUCUUAAUGAUUUCAAGGUUUAACAAUUCAAUGGUUCUGCUUGGAGUCCAUUAUUGCUCAGUGCUUUUCCACACUUCAGUCAUUCACAAGUUUAUUCAGAGGUAAAGUAUUUCAAAUGAGCACUGUGGGAAACAAAGAAACAAUUAAAACAGCUGCACAGACUGCAGUCUACAUUUUUUCAAGAAACAGUAUAUGGUACAGGAUCUUGUCCAAGACCUGUCAUAGAAGUUAGUCAGAAGAGUUUGCUUGUGCAGUGUGAAUAACUUUUCUAUUUUUAAUACCUUCAGGGAGAAGACUCUAUUCCAGUUGAAUAUUUUUUUAAAAAAUACAAGUUUCUUAAAAAAGUUCAUUCCAAAAUAUUAGGAGGAUCUGUUGUUUUAUACUGAAGGCUUCUUUAAAGGAGUCUCAAGGAGGCAGAGAGGCUUCCAGAACCAUGGCUGUCCUUCAGCAGGCAAGCUGGAGUCACAGUUCACAGAAAUUGCCUCUGUGUGUGUAUAGCACACACCACUGAUUUAAGGACUCUCUGCCAAAAGGAUCCAUAGCCAGGGCUGGAGUCCUCACAUUUAACAGCCCACAAAGCAGCAGAAACAAGCAGUCAGGUGUGUCCAUUUGCUCACUUAACUCAGCAGAAUUGCUGCUCAGCUAGAUUGGAAUUGUGGUAUCUAAUGUGACCUGGUAUUUCUCCAGGCUUAAUGAAUUUCUAAUUGCUCAUUAGCCCUAGGAGAUUUGCUAAAGCAAACACAAAGACAGCUGGAGAGACUUGGAGUCCCUAAAACGAAUGCAAGGCAAUCUUUGUGAACAAAACACUUAGUUCUCUUCAAAAUCUGCUGAAGACAAGCAAGGUAGUAAAAACUAACAACAGCUUCUGAUGAAGCAGAAGUUCUAAUAACCCGUGAAUAAUGUACCACAAAGUUCAGCUAUUCAGAAUAAUACUGUCUUUCAUGUUGAAAGCAGAACAGGUUUGCUUCCUCUGGAAUAUCUUCACAGACAAACUGCAUUCUAGUGGGAUUUUGAUCUUCCAAGACCAGCCUAAGCACCACUACAUUAACCCUGAAUGAGACAGUAUGCACAGUCCCUCAGUGGCCAGGGAGGUGAUUCUUUAAUGGUCAUCCUACAGACAAUCUUAUGUUCACAUACUUUUUUCUCAUCAUGAUUAUCAGAAAUGUAACACAAGCCUGACUGGACUGGAGACCAGACUGAAGAACAGAAAUCUCAAGGCUCAGGGCUGGAGAAGGGAUAAUGAAGUUCUAGAAUGAGCAGGGUCAAAUGACUUGAACAGAGGAGUUUGAGCAGGCAACAGUUCACUCAGUAGAGAGAGAAAUGUGGAGCUGUGAUAAAAAGAUUAUUUCUAUCUGUGCUUAACUGUAUGUAUUUUUCCUCCUGGCUCACUUCUAUCAACAACCCAAAGAUGCUCCUCUUCCCCAAAACUGCCUUAGCACAGCCCAAGCAGUUUGGUACCCAGAGUCACAGACCCAGAGAGGGAAGUGCUAGCUGAUAAUAACUGCUUCAUUCUCAAGGGAAUGUCCAGCAAAGCCAGACCUACCUAUGAAAAUGUGUUACUUAGUCUGCAAUAAAAAAGUCACAAGAACUCUU